GCGAAAUUUAUACGAAAACGAGCAUGAGGAAAAAUUAAUCGGUGCUCACAUAUUAUCUGGUUUAUCUCAAUAUUACAACUUUAUCAUACUUCAAAACCAAUAUAUAUGAAAUCCAUCGCUGAUAUUAAUUAAUAUUAUAUCUAACGUAUAUUGUUACAAUCUUCAAGCGUUAAAGCCAAGUACAAAUUGGUUCUAAUUUCGCGCCAGUCUUUAUAUCCGAAUAUGUCAGUUUAUACUUGGAAAGCGGAUAAUUUGACUGUAGAACCCCGUAAAGUACAAUGGAACAACAAAGAAAAAAUAAUUCAAGUCAUAGCAGGACUGGAUUACUUUGCAUUGAUAAGUGAAACCAGGAAAUUACUGAUGAUGGGCUCAAAUCGCUACGGUCAGCUGGGGAACAAUACAAAACAGGACUCUAAUGAACCAAUAGAAAUUAUGAAGAAUAUUGAUAUUGUUAGUUGUAGUACCCGACAUACAGCUGCUAUUGAUUUUGAAGGUUCAGUUUGGUUUUGGGGAGAUAAUAGAUGCAAGCAAUGUGUUCCUGAAGAAAUUGAUUGUAUUUUAAAGCCACAAAAAUUACGGUUUUCUGCAAAAAUUAGACACGUUUCCCUGGCGAGUAACUUUUCUGCUUGUGUUGAUGAAAAUGGAAAUUUGUAUAUUUGGGGUAGUAAAAAUCACAUUGGUCUGAAAUUGGAGGCAAAUAUUGAAUCUCCCUAUCUAAUAGAUAAGUCAUUUUUUGGUGGAAAAGAUGUUUUAAAAGUUUCAUGCGGAGAAUUCCAUACACUCGCUUUAGUAAGAACGGAUAUGGAUAAAUUAAGAAGUAACAUCAGCUUCGAAAAAGUAACCAAAUCUAAGAGUGCUCCUGAAGAUGUUAGAAGUUCUUAUGAGCACGACUGCUCAACAGAUAGGAAGAGGAUGUUAUCAGCUGGAUCAUUGGAGCUUCUUGAACAAUUUACCGAUUCUCAAGAGAAAGAGCCAGAUUAUUUUACAAACAAAGUGAGUCAAAUCUUAUCAGUAGUUCCGCCAAGACCUCGUGAAGUGGCUUUAGGAAUGAUGAAAUCGCUUAGAAAUUCUUUUUCAACUACUCAAGCUCCUAGUCAACCCAUUUUUGGUGUUCGAAAAUGCUGCCCACUUCAAAAAUCGAACAGUUGUGACUCUUUACCAAAACUGAUUGACAAAGCUAUACCAGAAGCUCCAUCGUUAGAAACUAAUGUCGUAGUUCACACCGAAGUAUGGUGUUGGGGUAAUGGAAAUCACGGUCAACUGGGUCAAGGUGAUCAAAUUGAUCGAAAUAAACCUGUUCGUAUUCGCUCUCUCAUCAAUAAAUGCGUUAUUGAUAUGAAGGCAGGAAAUCAAACUUCCUUAGUGUUAACUGCAGAUGGAACUGUUUACAAAUUUGGCAAUGAUACGCUUGUUCCAACUCAUAUCAAUCUACAAACACCAACUACUGGUAUCUCUCUGACCGCUAACUGCUCUUUUUUUAUAAUGGAUGCUCCUAAGUUUGCAACUCAUUUGUGGGUCUUAAAGAAAACUGGCCUAAAUCAAUCAUCCAGCUUGGACGGUAAAGGAAGAAUACGUCAAAUGGCGAGUUGUCCUUUUGAAGGAAGAACAGCGGCUGUCAUUAUAGAGGAAGAUGAGCAUAAAGGAAUAUAUGAGCUUGCAGUAACCGAAAGACAUUUUCUAACAUCCCUUGUAGCUGUUAGGACUCACCUUAUUACUCCAAUUAUUAAUAGCGAAGCUUAUGGAGCUUUUAAAGAACAACCUCAUGACGGACAAGCCUUCGAGCGUCUCUUAGCAGCUUAUAAUGAAACAAUCGAUCGUGUGAGAACGCUAUGUGUUGAAUUAUCUGAAAUUUGCUCACUUUUGCGACCAAUAGAACAUUUAAGUUUAACAACAGAACAUUCCAAAACGUUUGAAGAAUAUGGUAUUCUUUACGACAACUGUUUAUCACUAGGCAGUGUCCAUUCUUUAUCAAAUGUAUGUAGAAAAACGAUAGAUGAGGCUACAAUCAAAGUUAAAGACAUUUUAAAAAGAACAAUAGGGCCAACAAAUGUUCUAAUUUAUGCUCUCACAUUACCGCUGCGGAGAAGUGGUGAAUACGGUCGCCUCUGCUCAAAGAUAGCUUCCAAUUUUGCUCCAAAUUCCUCCAGACAUGUCUUCUUUGCUCAAAUUGCCGAGAUAUGGGCUAAUUUAAAAAGAUCAACAUCAGAGAGACAUAACAUAGCGGAAAUGACUCGAAAAUUUUGGGCUUCGUCCAAAAUAUCUGAGUCACUCCGAUGCCCGGAUAGAAGAGUUUUAAAAGAAGGUGACAAAAAUGAAUUAGUAUCACAAAACGCUGGAAGAUUUUUCUCAAGAUCUUUCAUUUUAUUUAACGAUAUCCUCGUUGAUGCCGGUUAUGGAAAUUUAAAGAAAUAUAAUCUAUUGACAAUUUGGCUCGAAGAGGACCUCGAUGAACAAAAGAACAUUGUACUUGUAACACCUGAGGAAAGAAUUGUGCUAUGUGCCAGUCGAUUAGAAGUGAGAAAUAGCUGGAUGAAAAUUCUGCAGCAGUCAAUUAUCAAAGCACUAGGUUGCGAGGGUAGGAACAUCCCUGUUGUCAGAAAUGCAACAUAUGAUUUUGACAAGAAAAAAAAAGGAUUGUAUAAGGGUGCUACAUACACCGGUAAUUGGAUACAAGGUAAAAUGCACGGAACAGGAAGUAUGAUAUGGUCCGACGGGCGCGUAUUAAGUGGAUUUUGGUCGAACUCUCUUCCUCAUGGCUUUUGCGAGGAAAGAGUUCCCGAUUCUACAGGCAACUUAAUGCACUAUAAAGGUCAUUUUAGAAUGGGUCAACGUCAUGGUUCUGCUGAAAUUGUUUAUCCUGAUGGUUCUGUGUACGAGGGUCGUAUAAGAGAAGGACAAAGACAGGGACAUGGACAGUUAAAACAAAAUUUCUCUGUUUUCAUAGGCGAUUUUCUCCAAGACAAAAAAGACGGAUAUGGCGUUUUGGACUCUGGUAAUGAAAGAUAUUUGGGAGAAUGGAAGAACGAUCUUCGGCAUGGUCGGGGAAUGACCUUAACUCUUGAUGGCAGGUGCAUUUGUGGUACCUGGAAGGAGGAUCGAUUAAAUGGUGAUUGUGUAAUUUUAUACGAAAAUGAGAGUCAAUAUGUCGGACAAGUAAAUCCUGCCGUUGAACCGAAUGGUCAAGGUAUCUUUGAACUCGAUUCAGGUUACACCCUUGAUGGGACUUUCGGCUCAGGCUCUGAGGGAUUGGAGGUUCACGGUGUAUUAACUUUUGACCCUACAAAAAAGAAAAUUACAGAUGUUCGAGAUAGAAUAAAAUCCCCCCCAAUUCAUAUAUCAGCGAAGCAAAAGUGGAAUUCUAUUUGGAGAGAAUUAGAAGAGACUUUCGCCCUAGAUGAUGACCUCGAACCAAUUCCUGAGUUGUCACCUGAAGAACUUUCUGCACAUGCAUGGAGAUGCGUAGAAAGAUGUGCAGAAGCUGCUCCCCAUCAUCAAAAGAUUCUCUCCCGUAAUCCUUUGAAAAAUUCCAUAUCUACCUUAACGACUGAAGAUAUUGACGUUCUCUCAGAUUAUCUCAAUGCCGUUAUUGAUACAACGUGGCACCCAUUAGGUAUUGCUAUGAGACGUCUUGUAUCGGCUUUUCGUCUUUCCUAUACAGGUAUAGGAUGUCAUCCAGCAAUAAUGUUGCAUGUUGCUUUGAGCGAGGUAGCUGAUUAUUCAAAGCGCUUCGUUCGCUUAAUUCUGCCACUUUUCCCUCAACUUCCAUCGACUCUACCAGAUGAACCAGGAAUGAUAGACGAAGAUACUAUUAUUACCGCUGAUAACUUGGUGCAUCCCUUACUAGUUCCAAGAAUUUAUACAUCUCUGUUUGCAUUGCACGCCUUGGUUGUUGGCUCUGACGAAGAUGAUUCUAGAUAUUGGAAGAAAGUUAUUACUUGCUCUCGACUGCAGCAUAAGCAACUUUCAGCUGCCUUAGGCGUAGCUGAACGCCUGCAAAUUGUAACCUGCGAAACGGCUGCCGAUUGCCUGCAAAGAUUACCCACCGCUUUUUCAAUUUAUACAAAAUUUGACGUACUGCAAAGGACAUUUCAAUUACUAACUGAUGAAGUAAGAUCGGCUUCGGCAGACAGUACACCAAUGGAUGAUUUACUUCCUCUUGUUGAAAUGACUGUUGUAAAAGCUAAGAUAAGACAUUUAGGUGCUGAAAUUUUGUUUAUGGAGAGACUUAUGGAAGACCAUAUCAUGCAUGGUGAAAAGGGUAUCCUACUCACAACUUUAAGCGCUUCUUAUUUACAGCUGCAAAAUGAAAUUUGA